AGGCGUGGAACCGGAAGGUGGCGGUAAUGUGACUCAGAGGAAGAGACCUCGAAGAAGAAGAGGCGCAGGAGGAGGAAGUCUUAUUGUUGUUAGCGGAAGUGGAGCUAGCAGUGCUAAUAUGGCGGACUGAGUGAUGGCUGCCCGUAUCAACGUGACGUGGACGAGCCGCAGACGGGCGUCAGGAGAAGACAACGUUUGUCCUGUGAACGUUAAAUCUCUGAGGACAGACCAGCAGACCAGCGUCCUCACAACGGACAGGAAAUCAGUGACAGGAAGUUGCUCUGUGUACCGAACACAAGUGACACACCUGAGGAGUGUGUCACCACAGGUGGUCAGGGUGACGGGGGAGGAGGCGGUCGCCAAGGAGACCAAUGAGUCCAGCGAUGAUGAACUGGGACGACUAGACAUCGACCUAGACAUGAAGUCCAGACAGCACAACCUGACGUCCAGCAACGUGCGGGCCAUCCUGCAUGAGGUGAUUACCCAUGAACAUGUGGUGUUGAUGAUGAAAGCUGCGAUCAGAGACACUCAGGACCUUCCACUGUUUGAACCCAAGAUGACUCGGUCCAGACUGAAGCAGGCUGUCCAGGAAGGACAGCCACUGAACUGGAGUCUGUCAGCUGUGAACACAGUCACGCGUCCUCAGUUUGUGGACAUUGACCUUGAGGAGGACUCGUCAGAUGAAGAGUAUCGCCCUGAUGAAGAGGAGGAGGAAGAGGAGGGCGAAGACACCGCUGAGGAGACCCUCCUCAGUGAUGCAGACAGCUUUGCCUCACCUCUCAGAGUUUGUCAGCCCAGACAACCAGCAGACCAGUCUCAAGGGCACCAGAGGGAGCAGCCGAUGACCUUUGCUCCGGGUGAAUCCUCCUUCCUCGAGAGGCUGAACGCUGUGGAGGAAGAGUUGGACUGUGGCCCCACCUACACCUUGAAACAGUCUCUGGACAGGAAAGCUGACGAUGAUGACGACGAUGAUGAUGAAGGCUGUCUGGCGUUCCGAACACGUUCCAAACUUCGUCUGGUUAACGUUCCUCUGGGUCAGCUGGAGGCAGAGCUUCUGGCCCCUGACAUCACGGCUGACAUGUACGACCUGAGCGCCGCCCAGGGCGAGGAGGAGCGUCACUGGACCAAGUGGCUGCAUGGUCUCAUGGCCCCCGACAACGAAGAGGAGGCAGAUGAUGACGACGACCCUGAAUACAACUUCCUGGAUGACAUGGAUGAACCCGACCUGGAGGACUACAGGACAGACCGGGCCGUCCAGAUCACCAAGAGGGAAGUGAACGAGCUGCUGGACGAGCUCUUUGACACGCUCCAGGAGGAGGAGGAAGAGGAAGAGGAGGAGGUGGCAACUGAUGGGCGGGAGGAAGAGGAGGCCCUAUCACAGACUGGACCUAAAUUCAAUGUCCCCCAGGCUUUACGUUUCGAGGCUCCGUUAGCCGGAAUGUUAACGGAGCAACGGCGAACGUUCAGAAAGCAGUACGAGGCUCUACAGCAGAGGAGGGCCCUGCAGGACACAACCAAUCAUCACCGUGACAAAAGCUCCCCGAGGGACACACCCCGCCCACAACCCGUCCUAGUGCUGCCGAGCCUGGUGCGUCCUGUCCUCCGCCUGGACUCCAGCCAGAGACUCCAGCUGCAGCAGCAGAUACAGCAGCAUGUGCAGCUGCUGACUCAGGUUCACCUGCUGAGUCGUCACGUCAACGUCCUGCAUCACGAAGCCUCCGUCACCAAACGUUACCUGGAGGAGCUUCAGCAGUUUUGCGGUCGUCAGGAGGAGGCCUCACUCCCCAGCAGUUUCAGAGUGUGUAACCUCCAGGGGGCGCUGGCUCUCCUGCAGGAGGUGGAGCAGAGGGAGGAGCUUCCUGCUGCUCCUGCUGCUCCUGUUGCCUCCAGACGAUGGCUCCCGACCAUGACUCCUGCGACCACCAGUCACGCUUUUCCUCUGCUGCCUGCAAACGCCGCCUGGCUCUUCGCCACCCGACCCGUCUUCCUCUACCCAGAACUACUUCCUGUCUGUAGCCUCGACCCCGCCCUCCACAGCCAACACCAGAGGAGCAUUUACACUGCAGGAGAGGACGGGCUGAUCGUUCUGGGCCUGAAGCACUUCGAGGGGGCGGUUCAGUCCGAUCAGCUGAUCAGCUCAUACCUGCUCUGUAAGAAUCGAUGGAACGUCAGGAAACACGUCAGAGAGAUGAGCGGCUCGAGAGCGCCGCUAAACAACGUUAUCAAGUUGUUCAUGACUCAUCGCGUCGUUCCACCGCUGCCGCUCGCCUGCAGUGUCCGGACUGGAGACCAGCGCCCCCCAGUGGACAGAAACACCUCACACAUGCCCAACUGGCUGAAGAACAGUCAACACAUCGUACAGAAGACCCGACAGGGCGCCGCCUGUUACUCCGCCUCCCUCCCUCCGGGCUGUACCCUCAGGCUCCACCCCUAUUAUCUCAACAAGACAGCCCGCCCAACUCCACCCCGCCACAGACGUCUCUUCACCCUGGCCCACAAUGCCUCUCUGCCGCCCCUCGCUAAAGCCCCGGCAGACAGACUGGUAGAGAGACUGGUGGACCUGCAGCCAAUCAGCUACCUGUCUCUGCCUCCUCCUGGUGUUUCAGGAGCCCUUCUUUUGGCUCCGCCUCCUGUCUCAGGAGGUGCCCCAUUGGCUACUGUUCUUCCAGUCCCCGUCCACCCUGUGUGCGCUGACAUCGACCAGUCCUGCCUUCCUAUUAGCCAGAGCACACAGCAGAGUGUUUCAAGGCAACCGACUGCCUCCCUUGAACUCCCCCUCCCCUCACUGUCCAGCCCCGUAACUUCAAAUCCCAUCAUCCCUUGCUCCAGUGACACCAUGAAGUCAGGCCCCUUCUUUCUGCAGAUGGUGUUGACACCACCAGCUCCACCAACUGCCUCCUCCCAGCAUGCCCUGGGGCUCCACAGACCAACCGAGGAGGUGGAGGAGGUGGAGGAGGAGGAGGAGGAGGAGGAGGAGGAGGAGGAGGAGGAGGAGGAGGAGGAGGAGAAGGAGAACUGGACCGUGGGCAUCGUCAGUAUGAAUGGAGGAGAUAACACUGGUGGAGAGGAGGAAGAGGGUACAGAGGGAGGAGGAGGAGGAGGAGGAGAGGAGGAAGCAGGUGGGUGUGGUGGGGAGGAGCAGGGAGGGGAGGGGAUGGAGGAGGAGGGACAAAGGGAGGACGGGGGAGAAGAGAGGGAGGAGGGGGAGGGAGAGAAAGACAAGGAUGACAAUCAGGACCGACAGGGAGAGGAGGAGGAGGAGGAGGAGGACUUUGAUGACCUCACACAGGAUGAAGACGAGGAGGAAGUGAUGUCAUCAGCCUCGGAGGAGUCGGUGCUGUCUGUUCCAGAGCUGCAGGAGACCCUGAAGCAGCUGACCUGGCUUGCGGCGGAGCGUCGUCUCGGUGACGGGGACUCGGAGGAGGAUCAUUCACCGACAUCCCCUGGCUCUCAGGAGGAGGAAGAGGAGGAGGAAGAGGAGGAAGAGGAGGGGCCUAAAGGGGAGGAGUUGGGAGACGUGAGGAGAAGUAAGGUUGGAGGAGGCAAGGAGACGCCACCGGGAGAAGGGACGUCCAGAGGAGGAGGGAGGUGUCCUGGACGAGGACGAGGUCGGAGCCGACCUCUGUGCGGCCUGAGGCGGAGUCGUCAGCAGCGUCGCAGUAAAGACGCUGCGAAGUUGCUUCUUCUGUUUGAUGAACGCAUCCUGGACAACGACCCUCACAGAGAGAGCAAAGACGUGGCGUUCGCCCAGAGCUACCUGAGCCGGGUGCGCGAGGCGCUGCAGGAUGAACCCGGGCAGGUGGAGGAGUUUGUGACUCUGCUGGAGGAGUUUGAGCUGGUGGGAGACGGACGGGAGGUGGUGACGCUGUUCAGGAAGCUGCGAUGCAUUCUGGGAGAUCGCACAGACCUCCUCCGAGAUUUCGCCGCAUUCCUGCAUCCUGAGCAUGCGCUGCAGUGUGGGCUGUGGGAAGAGCAGCAGGCGUUUGAACGCAGCCGUCGUUUCCUGCGACAGUUGGAAAUCAGUUUUGGAGAUAAUCCGUCGCAUUAUCAGAAAAUCAUCAAAGCUCUUCAGACCAGUCCAGACCUGAGUCCACCCAGCAUCCACGAGCUGAAAGCUCAGAUGGCCAUGCUGCUGAAAGGCCACACCCAUCUACAAGCUGAAUUCUGGGUAUUUUUUGAUGACCUCCGCCCCCCUCCGGCCCGUCCCGGACAGUUUGAAGAGGGUCAUUGGCCCGAGGAGGGAGGGGGAGGUUUAGAAGAUGGGGUUGGCCAGGUGUCAGGAGGCGGAACCAGCAGCGGCUUUGAGGAAGUGACGCUCCCAGAGCUUGAAGAGGAAGAAGAGGGGCAUAAAAUCCAACCAGUGACGAGCCGGCGCCAGAGGAGGAAGAUGGACACCCACAUAAACUACAAGGACUGCGAUUGGUCAGACAAAGAUUGGCCCUGUCGCUGUCGAGACACAAAGAUCCGCAGACACAGGAGGAAGGGGUGCUCUCGAUGUCAUGGAAACAAGACCUCAGGGGGCGUGUCCAGAGCAAUGAAGAGCCUGGAUCCUCUGUACUCUCAAUUAAGCUCCACCCACACAGAACCAUGUGACAAAUACCUGGACCAGAAAGAUCAAAGCAGUGCACCAUGGGAAGCCUCGUUUCGUCUGAAUGAUGAAGAGGAGGAGGAAGAGGGGGAGGAGGAGGAGCUUGAAGAUGAUGAUGAUGAAGAUGAGGAGGAAAGGAAGAACACUGAUGAGCACAGUCUCUCCUCUGCUCCUCCUCCCUCCUCCUCUGCUCCUCCCUCCUCUGCUCCUCCUCCCUCCUCUGCUCUUCUCUCCUCUGCUCCUCCUCCCUCCUCUUCUGCUCCUCCCUCCUCUGCUCCUCCUCCCUCCUCUGCUCUUCUCUCCUCUGCUCCUCCUCCCUCCUCCUCUGCUCCUCCUGACCUCCCCGUCUGUGCUAAGAACAUUUCUCUGACAGCCAGUGGAGAGAAAGUCAUCCUGUGGACCAGAGAAGCAGAUCGAGUCAUCCUGACCAUGUGUCAGCAGGAAGGAGCCAAUCAGAACACGUUCCAGGCCAUAUCUACUCUGCUUGGUAACAAGUCUCCCAGUGAGGUGUCUCGAAGGUUUCGUGAUCUGAUGCGUUUGUUUCGGACGGCGGCUCGUCAGACCAGCUCCGAGGACGAGGCUCCUCCCACUGAGCCUGCAGCAGCCAAUGAUGAGGAGAGCUGACUUGAUGUGUUAACUGUCCAUGUAAAAACUGUAAAUAUCAAACUCAAAACUAUUUAUUGUUUUUGUAAAAUGAUUUGUUUAACAAUAAAACAGUUUCAGACCA